CAGGGGCCCCGCGCGAGGCGGGCUCCGGCGGAGGGGCCCAGGAGGGAACUCAGGUUUAGGGGAAGGCCGGGGCGUGGCUUCCCCGCUGGGCGGGCGGCCACUUCACAGUCCCGCCUCAGUCGGCAGCUGCAGCCGCGCGCCAAAAUCAAACCCGGGUACCCGCCGGCCAGAGAGCCUGCGGUUCAAGGCGAGCUCCGCGGCGGCGGCGGCCCAGUCGCGCACACCUUUGACCACCUCCCAGCGCUCCCUGCCCGACGCGCUCGGGGCCGCCACAAGACGAGGCAUGGCCACCCCACCCAAGAGGAGCUGCCCAUCUCCCGCAGCCAGCUCUGAGGGGACCCGCAUCAAGAAAAUUUCCAUCGAAGGGAACAUCGCUGCUGGGAAGUCAACAUUUGUGAAUAUCCUUAAACAAGUCUGUGAGGAUUGGGAAGUGGUUCCUGAACCUGUUGCCAGGUGGUGCAAUGUUCAGAGUACUCAGGAUGAAUUUAAGGAACUGACAACGUCUCAGAAAAGUGGUGGGAAUGUUCUUCAGAUGAUGUAUGAGAAACCUGAACGGUGGUCUUUCACCUUCCAGUCAUAUGCCUGCCUCAGUCGAAUACGAGCUCAGCUUGCUGCUCUCAAUGGCAAGCUCAAAGAUGCAGAGAAACCUGUAUUAUUUUUUGAACGAUCUGUGUAUAGUGACAGGUAUAUUUUUGCAUCUAAUUUGUAUGAAUCUGACUGCAUGAAUGAAACAGAGUGGACCAUUUAUCAAGACUGGCAUGACUGGAUGAAUAACCAGUUUGGCCAAAGCCUUGAACUGGAUGGAAUCAUUUAUCUUCGAGCCACUCCAGAGAAAUGCUUGAAUAGAAUAUAUUUACGGGGAAGAAAUGAAGAACAAGGCAUUCCUCUUGAAUACUUAGAGAAGCUUCACUAUAAGCAUGAAAGCUGGCUCCUGCAUAGAACAGUAAAAACCAACUUUGAUUAUCUACAAGAAGUGCCUAUCUUAACACUGGAUGUUAAUGAAGACUUUAAAGACAAACAUGACAGUCUGGUUGAAAAGGUAAAAGAAUUUUUGAGCACUUUGUGAUCUUGCUGAAGACUGCAGGCAGCCAAAUGAUUACACAUACUUCAGCUUUGUGUAUCUUCAUAGGUCCAUAUUCAUACAAGUCUCUCUUCUAAACCCAAGUUUUUAACUAUUUUUGUUCCAAGAAAAAAUUUUUUUUAAUGAAUCCUAUAUAAAAGUUUAUAGCUAGUUUUUCUUUUUUCCUUUUUUUUUUUCUUCUUUUCUUUUUUGGGGCUUUUAAAAAAGAAAGACAUUUAAGUAUCCCUUACAACAAGAAGUCUGGGGGUAGAUGGUUCCAGAAUCAUUAUAGUGGCUAAGCUGCAUCAUAAAGGACCCAGCCCCCUUCUGUCUUUCUCCUCUAUUAUCCUCCUCAGCCGGUUGACUUUUUUUUUUUUUU